CUCUACUUGUAAGAGAGCCAGGCAUCCAUUUUAAUGCUCCUCCACCCAACCAAGUUUACGCGCUCCUCUCGCCUUUUCUAUCGUUAUAUCGCUCACUACCACAAGAUGGCUGAGGCGCUCCCGCUCUCGGAGAUUCCAACACUUACUUUACUUUACAAGCUUAACCGCAUAACUCCAUCUAGCGCAGACCGGCAGCUCUAUUCCCCGAAUGCAACCUACAACGACAAGAUCUCUAUAAUCAGGCAAGACAUCACUACGCUCGCCGUGGAUGCUAUCGUAAAUGCUGCCAACAAAUCACUCCUGGGAGGCGGCGGUGUAGACGGCGCCAUCCACCGCGCCGCUGGACCCGAACUACUCGACGAAUGCGAACAACUAAACGGCUGCGAGACCGGAAGCGCAAAGAUCACGAACGGCUACGAACUGCCGGCAAAAAAGGUCAUACAUGCAGUGGGCCCGAUAUACUGGUCAACCAAAGCCGAUGGGUCUCAUGAACGACUGCUCAGUGGGUGCUACAGGACCAGCCUGGAGUUGGCUGUUGAGCACGGGCUGAAGAGCAUUGCGUUCUCCGCACUCAGCACGGGAAUUUAUGGUUAUCCGAGUGGAGAGGCGAGUGAGGUCGCGUUGAAAACAGUGCGGGAGUUCUUUGAGAAAGGCGAGGGCGAUGCGCUGGAGAGGGUGGUGUUCUGCAACUUUAUGCAGAAAGACGAAGACGCGUAUUUCCGCAAUGUCUCGAAAUACUUCCCAACUGCCAACUCCGGUACAGAGACCGAGACAAAGACCGGAACGAAGGUCGAGGCGCGCACCGAGAUCCCAGAACACGAGCACGAGGCUGAUAACGCGACGACGACAGAUGCGGCGGAGCUAGCGGCCAAACUUCCAGAUGCGCCUACCACAGAGCCGGUCACACCAGACAAGUCUUCUCCCAAGAAGCAGAAAGUACAGGAAUCAGAUGAUGAGUAUGUCGUAGUGGACAAAGAAGAGGCAAAAGGCUUGGCUGAAGCUGGGCUCGCACCUCCAAAGAAAGACCUAUAACGGCUUGAUUACGAUUUCAUGAUAUUACGUGCAUAGGAUUGGUAGGAUAGCGGUUUUGGGUCAUGGCACGGCGUUUGGGGCAUUCUCAGGAGCACAUAGUAUCUUUACUAUGACUCUCUGAAAUGUCAUGUUACUUUUCUUUAGCCAACUUCAAGUCAGCUACACACUCCCUAGUAUGCCUCGGCGGCAUGGAUUCCUAAUUCAAAUGAUACUUCAGCGGCUUGCAGCCGGCAAUUACGCUCUCCGCUUCCGAUCGAGGCAUGUGCAAG